AUGCCCCGUCCUAGCGGGCAUGACGCUGCUUCUCAAAGGGACCUUGAAGCUCAAUCCAGACAUGUUCGAAAAAGGCGAAGAGCAACGAGAGCAUGUGACUUUUGUCAUCAAAGGGCCAUUAAAUGCCGGCCAGGUCCCGCGGCCGAGUCAACCUCAACUACCAACUCCAGAAGCCAAAGUUGUUCGACGUGUAUAGAAUAUGGAGUACCAUGUACACAGCUUAGACCAGAGCACCGGCGGGGUACAAAACCUAGUCGACCCCAGUUAAACCUCUCCCUCGCAAGCUGCGAGCCGACCCCUAGGCGGAGCAUGGAUGCGCAUCUACAUGGAUCAAAGCUGAUUAUUAGAAGUCUUAUCGAUGUAUAUUUUGACACGAUUUAUCCAAUUUAUCCAUUCUUCGACCAGCCGAAUUUCUUGGAACAAUGGCAUCAUGGCCUGAUAGGGCGCGACCAGGCCUCUUAUGCCAAUUUGAUGGCCUUGUGCGCACUCAGUGCUCAACACGUUCAUGAUAAAGCAGUUUUUACCAUCUCACUAGCCCCAGCUGCUGAUUCUCUCGAUCCUGCCACAUAUCUCCACGAGGCUCUUCAUGCCAUACCAGCAGAACUUGAUAGAUGCAGAGAUCUAGAUUACCUAAGAGCUUUCCAUCUUCUAGCACUAUAUGCCAUCCAAGUUGGUAAUACUGGCCUCUUGCACAAGAAUAUGGGCAUGUGUCAUGCUUUAUUGGCACAAGAUGGUCUGCAAGACGAAAAGCGCUGGCCCAGCGGCCUCAGCGAUUCGGAGAGAGAGGUCAGAAGACGGUUAUUCUGGUCUGCCUACCGGCUUGAAGUCCAUACAUCCCUUGUUCUGGGGCAUAUAAUUCGAAUCCAAGAGUCUCAAUGUGCUGUUUUAUAUCCGACAGUUCCCGACAACGAUGGCAGGGGCGAUACAAAUGAAGCAGACGAGUGGCUUACUGGAUGGAACCUGAUUACUGAUCUCUACAGAAUUCUUGAAUAUGCUGUCAAUGCCUUUCGAGCUAAACGGACAUCAAUAGCGUAUCAAAGAAGCCCAGCCUUUGCUACACUCUCCGCAGCUCAGGUUCUGGAGCAAGUCCACGCGCUGCAGACCGAUUUGCCAGUCCGGUUUCGACAGGCCUCUUGUCAAUCCCAGAAUGUCAGAAACAAUCGGUGCGGGUUCCAAACGGCCAAUAUUGUUGCUACAGUUCAGCUCGUCAAAAUGACUAUCUUCUCUGCUGAAACGGCUACAAUUCGCAAAGCUUGUGAAGUUGCACUUGAGCUCAUUGAAAAUGUAUCCGCAAUUCCACUGGAGUAUUUCAGAGCAAUCAGCUCACCAAUGUUCCAAGAACUUUCUGGUAUCGGCCAUAUCCUGAGUAGCGUAAUCGGGAAGCAAUUGUCCGAGGGAGAUUACCAGCAUCUCAGACUAGUCAUACUUAGUAUGGCGGGCCUCCUCACAAGACUCAGCAGCUGUUAUGCAUCAGCUGGCGAAGCAGGAGCUCGACUGCGUCAACACGUCGACCGAAUUGACCAACAUAUUACUGAGCAACAAGAAAAAGCGCAAACGCGGGAAUAUCGGGUGCAAUCGGAACAUAACGACGUGUCUAACAAUCUGACAAUGGAAGAUGUGGUAACAGUCCCGUCAGAUUUGUUCGACUACAUGCUUUGGAAUACCGGUCUUUCCACCUUAAAUCCAUCCGAUUUCUUGUUUUAA